AUGGACUUUGGCACGCUUACCUCUUUUGAGACCGGCUCCGUCGAGCUGCUGGAGUUCUCUUGGCCGCCGGCGGCCGAGGACCAAGCCCCCCAAGUAUGCCUCGCCUAUGUUAUCAUGAAACGGCCUUCUGGAUUUUUGCUGUGUGUUCCGGAUGGCUUCCUGUCACAGACAGAGUUGGAGCAAGGGCAGCAGGCUGGGGAGGAGGGACCUGUGCCGGCCCUGAUCGUGGACCUGGCGGCUCAUUUAGCCGACCAGCUGAGCCCUGCCGACAUGAGUGCGGACGACCUCGUCUGUUUCCGCCCUGCCUCCCCUUCCGUUUUCCCCCUGGCCUCGGAGGUGCUCAGGCAGGCCAAAGAAUGGCUUCAGACCGAUGGCACCUUGCCUGCGGACAGAUCGGGCUAUCACACUGCGGUUCCACCCAACCGGGCCAAGACUGCAAAACCGAAGAGGCCCACUAUGGCCCAGCUGGCGACCCAGCAGGCGAAGGUGAUGGAGGUGGUGGCAGCAGUGGUCGACCGCCUCGAUUCGAUCGUGGCCCAAGGGGGCAAGGCACCUUCUCCAGAACCGGUGCCCUCUCCGCAGCCCGCUUUGCCUCACCCUGUCUUGGGUCAGCCUCUCGCUCAAGCUGUGUUGCCGCCCUUCCAGUCGGUUCCCAAGAAUCUCGCUGCUACUUUGGGCCCUCCCCCUCAUACCCGGCAGAUGCCUCCCGCAGCACCCGAGCAAGUGGAUCUGGAGGAGAAGGGGCAGCAAGGCCUACAAACAGGCGAGCUUCAAGGGGCCGGCCAGGAUGCAUCUCUCGCCUCCGCCGUCCUGGCCCAGUCUCAGGCCUUGGUGGCCCUCGUGACGCAGCUGUCGGGAUCAGCGGACCCGCUCCUGGAGGUGAGUUUUCUCAGGUACCUGGAGCGCCACGGAGGUUACUCUGCUCAGCCUCUUUUAGGCCUGGUGGCCUGGCAGGUGGCACAAGCAUUGGAUUUGAUGGCUAUAGGUGCCACGGAUGGGGCGAAGGACUGUCUCAGCCUUCUCCUUCUGAUGCUGGACCAGACCGCCCACGAUCGGGGAAACAGCUCCCUGGGCUGGCUCCUUACCUUGCAGGCGGACCCGCCUUCGAAUCUUUUUGCUGCCCAGACGCCGGUGCCGGGGUCCAACCUGCAAUCCUUCAGCCCGCUCGCCGAGCAGCGAUGGAUUACCACGGCCUUGGCUUACGCCAAGGAACUGGAGACGAUCGCGUCCAGAAUCACCGAGAGCCAGCCAAAGCAAGGACCGCCAAAGCCGCCCGCAAAGCCUCCAGCCCCGCUGCUGGUGUCGACCUCCGUGGAGGAAGCCCCGUUGUCAAAGAAGCAGCUCAGAGCUGCCCAGUGGGCCGCCCGCAAGGCACCUGAAGUCCCUGCUCGCCCCUCUCCGGAUGGCUGCGGCCCCGACAAUGAUCGGGCCGACGUGUUCCCGUUGCAAGGGCAGGUCUUUAGCGAGGCUGGCAACACCCAGCUCAGCAGGAGUGCCCGGGCGACUUUUCGUGAUGAUGUCGCCCGAUGUACGUCCCUGUCUCCGAUCCAGGCCCAGGUCUAUGCUAGGCUCUCUGAAGUGGUUGUUUUUCUGCAUGACCAAGGUUUCGAGGCGAGUGGCUACCCUGCCUCUGCUGUGCCCCCUGCUGGUUUUGUGCCACAUGCCACGGGAGGCCCUGAGGCCUUGAAUCCCUAUCGCAACAUCCUGGCCGACCAGGUUGUGCUCCACGGCCGGGGCUCCUGGAACCUUGCGGCCCACCUGGGGCCAGACCUUUAUCUUCCUUAUGUGGAGCCCGACUGUUUUCGCUUCCCGGGUACCGGUGGGCCCUGUGCCACCUUCCAGGGCGAGAGCAAGGCAGAGCUCUUCAAGAUGGUGCUCCUUUGGGACGCCCGGGGUCUUCUCGGCCUGACCGCCGGGCCCUUGCCGGACAGGCUGCUCACCAGGGUUUUCGGAGCCUACAAGGCGCCAGGCAAGCAGAGACAAAUUGGGGACCGCCGUGGGCAGAACAGCUGGGAGUCACGACUAGUUGGUCCGUCCAAGUGGCUGCCGACGGGGCCCCUCCUCUGCCGAAUCCACGUGCCAUUGGGCUGCUGCCUGGUCGGUUCCGUGACAGACAGGAGAGACUUUUAUACGCAGGCUUCUAUAAGCCCCCAGCGCGCCAGCACCAACAUCGUCGGCCCUGCUCUCCCUCUUGAGUGGUUUGCCGGUACAGCUGCUGAGGCCAGGUUUCGUCAGAGGCCCAAGGACCACUGCACCGACCCAGCCUUGUAUGCCGAUCAGAUUGAUUUUCGGCGUCCCUCGCUUCUUGCCUCGGGUCGCCGUCUUGUCCACCCUACCUUCCAUGCCCUGUUUCAGGGCGAUGCUGGGGGGGUCGAGUUUGCAACAGCGGGCCACCAAGGUUUGCUGGAAAGUUCCGGGUGCCUUUUAGGACCGGGGCGGCUUCAAGCCUCCCACCCCGUCUCCGCGACAGGUCCAUGGCAAGGAUUGAUCAUCGAUGAUUUCUUUGCUCUGGCUGUACAACCGGGCUCCUUUCGAUCGGGGUCGCCUUCGCCCUCCUCUGCUCUGGUUGAUUUGGCUAAGGCCGGCUAUGCUCGAGAGUCCGUCUUGGGGUCAGAUGAUAAGGACGUCCGAGACCAGCGCCACUUUAAGGUGGCAGGGGCUGAGAUCGACGCUUCAGAGCCCACGGUAGCCGCCGGCAUGACCCUGUGCGGCUACCCGGUUGUCAAACGCAUGGCCCUCGCAGCGGCCUCGGUCCGUGCUGCCCAGUGCCCUGCUCUGAGCGAGGAACUUGUGUCGACCGAGGCUGCCUCCAGCUCUCCCGGUUCAGACCUUAAGCCCCUGUCGCGAGCCACUGCCUCUGAGCUGCAGCUUCUGGCCGUCCUGGCACCGGUCGCCGUCUCGAACCUUGCCGCCGAGCCCUCGCCGCAGGUCUUUGCUUCGGACGCUUCCAUGGAAAAGGGUGCUGUCUGCUCCACCAAGGUCGCCCCGGAGGUUGCUUUGCAAAUGUGGUUGGCCUCCGAUUUUAAAGGGGCUGCUGUCAGGUUCGACUUUCUUGAUGUGGGUGAGCCCUCGCCACUCCGCGGUGAAGCAAAGGUCGUGCCAUUACUGCCUCGCUUCGUUCCGAGAGGCUUCGGUCCCGUCGCCAAGGCAAACAGAGUAGCCUCUACCUGCUUUACGGUCCUUCUGGCUGCUGCCCGUUUUCGCGAGGAAGUCGUUGAGGCGAAGAGGGUGGGCUCCCCCGAGGUUGCAGAUGGGAGGGUCUUGUCCUGCGGCCUCCCACCGGUGCGCCCGAACGCCGCUCCCGCCGAAGCUCCUCGCACGCCAGGCUUCGAGAGCAUUCUCGUCAAUGACCUUCUUCAGGUUGCUCGCAAGGCCACCGCCCUAGGGGGUGAUCGCAAGGUUGUGUUGCUGCUGGACUCGGCCGUUGGCAGGGGUGCAAUUGCCAAGGGCAGGUCCUCCUCGCGUUUGCUCAGGCCCGCUCUGCUCAAGAUGUCGGCCACGCUGGUUGCUGGUGGCAUCUACUUAGGUAUGAGCCACGCCCCUACCCGCCUGAACGUCGCGGACGACCCGUCCCGAGACGUGCCUCUCCGCCCUCCGGCCGGCCAGUGCCUCUGCGAGGUUCUCCUCGGGGCCGACCUCGUCCUUGCCUCGGGUUGCGUUGGCCAUUCUGCUCAAACCGCGGGGUGGCUCAGGCUCUCCCUCCUCCUCUCCCUUAGGCACGACAAGGACAAACAGCGCCAGAGGCAGCGAGCUGCUACCCCCUUGCCUGAAGGCCGACCGGUCCUGCAGAGGACCGCCCAGAACAGGAACAGUUUGCUGGCUAGCUUCGAGGCCUGGCUUCAGAAAGCCGGGCACGCCGCUAAAGCCUACUACGAGUGGCCAGCCGAAGAAGUUGCACGAGCCCUCGCCCGCUACGGCCGCGAACUCUUCGACGCUGGUUUGCCCUACUGGCACCUGUCUGAGACGAUCAAUGCAGUAUCCUCAAAAAGGCCAGCUAUACGGCGCCAACUGCAGGGGGCCUGGGACGUUGCUUUUGCGUGGAUGGCCCUGGAACCUCACACGCAUCAUGUGGCUAUGCCGGCGGUAGUCCUGCUGGCGGUCUUAGCCGUGAGCCUCUUGUGGGGAUGGAAGCAGGAGGCGGGCCUUUUCGGCUUAGCCUGGGGUGCCCUCCUUCGGAUCGGCGAGGCCACCGGAGCGCUUCGCGAAGCCCUCGUACUUCCGAGGGAUGUCCUUUACACCCAGGCCUUUGCCCUGCUCAAGAUCGAGGAGCCUAAAACACGCUUUAAGGUCGCGAGACACCAAGCGGCGAAACUGGAAGCAGCCGACCUCGUCGCCCUCGUUGACAUGGCCUUCGGCAAGCUCCCCAAGGGCUCCAAGUUGUGGCCGUACUCGGCCCAGACGCUUCGCAGGAGGCUGGAUGCGAUACUGGAAGCUUUAUGGAUCCCUACCAGCAGGACGUCCAGGCGUCCUCUGGACUUGGGCUCUUUCAGGCCAGGAGGAGCCACAUACCUCCUCCAAUCCACGGAGGACUCGGAGUUGGUGAGGAGGAGAGGAAGAUGGGUUUCGCAAAAGGUCAUGGAAGUUUAUCUUCAAGAAGUUGCUGCAUCAACUUUUUACCCGAGCCUGGCAGAUGCGACAGAACGAAGAGUUAUGGAUGCAGCUGUUGCUUUUCCUUCGCUUCUGCAGCAGGCUAUCCGGUGGACGCAGGGAAACAUUCCCGCCGGAUCGUGGUAUUACCUUUGGAGCUUACAAAGCGUCGCCGCUCGCACGGGUGACCGGUGGGCACAUGGGAGGAAUGGGUCUGCAUACGCACCGGGCUCUGUGGCCAAGACUUUGCG